UCUUCCCAGAACCUAUACCAGAGAGGCGAGAAAAUCAGGUCACUGCCUCUAUGCCCUCUUCACCUCAUAUUCCUCCAUCUGCUAACCUUCAUCCCCCGCCAACUCCAAUACCAACGAACAACACAGAACCUGGUCCGCCGCUACGGAGUCCAGUUUGUCCACCGAAUCAUUCGACCAUCGCCAAGAUCCUACGCUUCUUCGGACUUGGGGACGAUGCUUCCGAGGUUCGCAGAACACUAGUCUCUUUGAUAUGGAACUUGGGAUGGGGUUUUGCUCAGAUGGUCGGCAUCGUUGUUGUUUUGGCAUCGUUUGCCCCCAAAGCAAGUCCUACUGUUCCAGGAGCUAACGAAUGGUCUGCCUGUCAUCUCCCGCUCGGUAUUUGGUCUUGUCUUUGGCUAGGUCGCACCAUCGUAGUAUGCGUGUUGGACUACUGGAAAUUCACGCGAGAACGAUCCACUCAGAGCAGGAACACCUGUAUUGAUCCUGAAUCAAGCCAGCGCACGUCCAGUUCGGAACAUUCGGGGCAAAUAUGCUCCCCUAAUGCCCAGCAACCUCCCUUGCCUGAUGAUAAUUCGUCACAAACACAGAAUGAUCACCUCCCCCACACAGUCAUGUUCAAAAGAUUAUCAUCCAUUUUGUUAAUGUACAGUAUAUAUUGGUUUCUAACGGCGUACAUAUUGGCCUACUCCUCCAUAAAAACCUGUCGACUUUCCUCCCCACACCUCUGGUGGCUCAUCGUUGCUAUCUAUUGUACAAUGUAUCUGAAAGGAAUGUGUUUACAUUUGAUUGGUCUUGUCCUUGCGCUCGUCUUUUUAACAUGGAGAUUAUUCCUCCUUUGCAUUGGACGACGUCCGUCACAGAAUUCACAGAUGAUCAAGCCGGAUAUUGGGAAGCUUCCUAAAAACUUGGUUGACCGAAUCCCUUUAGUCGUGUACAUUCCUACUCCUUCCAACGCAUCUCCUACGGAAGGGCCUAAACAAAUGCUCACAAGCAUCUAUUCCUAUUCACCCAAGUCUCCAGCAAAGGGGACGGAGAUCCCUGCUAAGAAAUGCUUCAAAUUCAUCAAGUUUCACCAAUUUUCUUCGAAGUUCAACAAGACGACUAACGAUGGCCUGACAAGCAUCUUGAAGCAGGCCAAUCCGACAGAAAGUGGCUUUUGGGAAGACAGCUGGGACACCGGAGGUCACCCUCAUGUUGUUCUCGACGAUAAUCGUGCCGCAUGCGCAAUCUGCUUGUUAGACUUCGAGGAACCAAAACGGCUCCAUAUUAUGGGUGAAGAACAGUCGAAAGGUGGGCAAGGUAAAGCGGGAGUUAUUUCGGAGAAAAAGUACGAGAACGAUGAGCUCAAAUCGGCCGAUGUAAGUGAAGGUGCCCAGCUCCUUAGACUCCUCAGAUGCGGCCAUGUAUUCCACAAGACUUGCCUAGACCCGUGGCUAACAGAUAUCUCUGGACGGUGUCCUGUAUGUCAGAGACAGGUGGAAAUACUGGAGCGCGAAACGGAGAAAGAGAAAAUUCAAAGAAUACAGUGAACGAGUUGAAGGGGGGGUGCUAUCGCUGUCACACAACAUGUAUCGUCGAUGUAUAAGCAUUUUGGUGUCUAUAGUGUUGUACUGUGAAUCUAUAGCAGCGUAGAGGAUAAUUUCUGUUU